AAACGAUUGGAAUAUCGGGCACGUUGCCGCACAAGUUCCACGGGCGGUUAAUCAACGCCCGAACAGUUCUUGGCAAGCUCCACUAAUAGCCCCCAACCCCUGUUACGUCGCGUGUUGCCGUUGCAGAGCGCGUCACUCGCCAACACCAGCAAUCCUGAGCGUACCUAUAUGGAGAUCGGUCUGCAAUGGUUGUAUGGGUAGAAAGGCAGUAUUAUUGCGAUACGGUACCUUAGACACUCAGAGCAAUGGCGACAAGACAGGAGCGCAUGCGGGAGCGCAUGCGCGGGGCAGGGAGACACAAUGUCGGAGACGUCGACUUUGGGUUCAUCAUCCCCGUGGCAGAAGAGGCUGCAGACGACCUACUAGAGGAGGCGCCAGUUGUUGACGAGUCGCCCCGGAGUCCAGUCCCGACCACAACCACAACCACAACCACGGCCACCCGACCGACCCCGAACACAUCCGCGAAACGGAAAUACCUGAACCGUGAUGCGUUCGGGUCGAAUCUUUUGCCACCACCACCGCCAGCAGCACCGUCAGCCGCAGCCUCCGACAUCUAUAGCCUCCGCGACGACAGCACACAGGCGGGGUCAACCGUCCAUGCGCCGACACCCGCCGCCCCAGAAGACGAAGACCAUGCGCAAGAUGUGGCAGCGGAAGAAGACGAAGACCAACCCAUGACCGACGCCCCUCCCAUCUCGUCCGUUCCGCCCUCCACACGCCAACUGCGAUCCGGUCAACCGAAACAACAACAACGAGGGCCCUUAUCCAGCAUAAUCUCGGCCACAAAACGCCUCGCCUUCGACCCCUCCUCCUCACCGCCGAGUACGAGGACACAAACCGCACAACAGCCAACAUACCCGGAAGAAAUGGAAGUCACCGAGUCCCCCGCCGACGCACCCGGGUCCGGCCGCCGCCGGCCGCUGUCGCGCAUCGGCGCCGGCACGCCCGUCGUCGAGUCGAGUGCGCUGUUGCAGAAGGUGCUGGAGGACUUGGAUGGCGAGAGCAGCAUGGACAUGGAACAUAGCCACCUGGGGAUGGGGAAUUCGUCGCCAAUCGAGAGGCGGGUGGCGACGAGGCGGAGCGGGGAGUUGAGGCGGGCGCAGCGGGCGAGGAUGAGCGCCGAGUCGGCUUCGGGUUCUGCUGCUACUGGUGGUGUUGGUGGUCGUGGUGGUGGUGGGGCGCAAAAAGGAAGUAGUUCGCCUACGGGUGCAAUGAGGAGGAGGCGAAGGAGUGCGAGGUUGUCGGUUGAAGGGAGUAGUAGUGGUGGUAGUAGUGUCGUUGCUGAGAGUGAGGUGGUGGCGGAGAAGGAGCCAGCGGGUGCUGAAUUAAGUAUGGUGGUGGAGGAGGAAGGGGUGGAAGAGUUAAGCGUCGUGGAGGAAGAAGCGGCGGAGGAAGCGACUGACCCCUCUGCCGAGGAUGAGAAUGUGGAAGAUGGGGAAGUGCAGCGACAGCAAGAGGGUCGUGAGCUGGAGCAAGGAGAGCAAGAGGAAGAGGAGGCGCAAGAGGUAGGGGAGGAAGAGACCGCUCAGCGACUUGGGAGGAAGCGCCCCCGCAGGAGUCUGCGGGCCCCGUCCCCGGAGCUGGGUUCUAGCUUGACAGGGGGUUCACCGGCUUCGAAACGACGGCGGAGGGGAGAGCCUGCCAGUCCAGCGCAGCAGCAGCAGCCUGCUAAAAAGCCGCGGAGAGGAAGACCGCCACCCAGGCCCCAGCCCCCACCAACACUUCAACCUCAACCUCAACCUGACCAUGAACCUGAAGAUCAGGACGACCCGCGGCCGCACAGAUCCCAGACCCAACCCCAGACCCAACGCCAAGCCAAGCCGAAGGCUAAGCCGAGGAAACAAGCUAAGAAGAAAAGAGCGUCGAACGAAGAGGACGGGGAAGAAAAAGAGUCCGGCUCCGUGGCCGUGACUGUGCAGCGCUUCACUAAACCGCGCAUCGCCGGAUAUACGGCAGAUGGCGAGCGCGAACCCGGUGGGGAUCUAUUGAACGGGGAGAUCCCAUUUGCGAACCCCGGAGGCGUCAAUGCCGUUGAUGUCCUUUCUAAGCUAUGCGAGGAGCUUGUGGAGACGUAUAUGGCCAAGCUAGAAGAGCGCGGGAGAGCCGCCGAGGAUGCCGCAACGAGGAGGGAGCAGAAGACCAUGUACCGCGCGUUGGAGGCGUUCCAUGAGGAGGUGAAGACGAGGCUCUUAGAGCAUACUAUCGCCUUGGACACGCUCCAUGCUCUCGGCAAGAGGGUUCGCGCGGCACAGAAGGAGAAGCUCGCGCUGCGAGAUGAAAUUCUGCGCAUUCGCCGAGAGAGAGAGCAGGUGGCGCUGCGGAUGGACGCGAUUCGGAUCCGGCACGAAGCCGACAGCAAGGAGGCUUUGCGUCACAUUUCACUCUCAUCGGCAAUGCACGAUAUCGACAUGGCGGUAGAGAAGGGGCAGGCGGCCCCAGAACUCUCGCCAGCGGAGCAGAAGAAGGCGGACCUGGCCAACCUAGAGCUGCUGAUCAGCCAGGUGGCUGAUCAAGCGUGUACCAGGAGUGAUGGAGGCGGGGCUUUGAAACAGAUCAAGGAGUUCAACGCCUUCCUUGAGCGGACAGCGGCUGUAUUAGAGCGCAGGUAGCCCUCUCAGAGACGGCAUGCCGCAGCAAUGACUUGAUGAGACCAUUCGAUGAUUACAUAUCCACGACACAAGAUGAAGGGAACUUUUGUACAAUGAGAGCUCCGUACAGCAUGUCUCUUGAGGGCGCAUCAACUCGACUUCGGCCCCGUCCACGUCCCAACCAUGGC